UUAAAUUUAGACGCGAGGUGGCGUUUGUCAAACCGCACCUUGUUACGAUAUGAGAAGUAUCUAAACACAACGAGAUGAUCGUUAGAAAAUAAAUGUAAAUUUAUAUUUAAAACGUAUAAUUUACAGGCGUAAAUGAAAAUAAAAUUAUAGAUAACAUUAUGGAUCGUAUAUUCUGGCUGUUCAUACUCAUCAUUAUAUGUCAUUCAUCAGAAACAUCAAUUCCAGGACCAUCAUCAUUGAAAGUGAUUAAUAGAUCUGAAACAGAAAUUCAUGUGCAGUGGUCACCAGUAUCUUCAAAAAAUAUCAUAAAUUAUCAUAUAAAAGCAGAUCCAAUAAAAAGUUAUUAUGAAAAUCAGCCACCUGUUAAAAAGGAAUGGUCAUUUAGUAAUAAAACUGAGAAAGCUGAUUUAUUACAAUUAGAACCAGGAACUCAAUAUAAUAUAACUAUAUGGGCUUCUACAAGUGAUGGAGAUACUACAUCCAUUUCAAAAUUUGUAUGGACAGUUGUGGGAGCACCAGAAAGACCUCCUGUUGUACAAGUUCUUAAAAGGACAGGAAAAACAAUUGGCGUAAAAUUACAUCCUGCUUUUAGAAAUGAUAAUUCUAUUAUGUUUUAUAAAGUGAUUGUAUUAAAGGAAGAACCAAUUGUGACAUUUAAUUCAGAACGAUUGUAUAAUUACUCUGAAGCAGUAAAAAAUGGCUUGUCUUUUUAUGUUGCUGCCCAGCUUACCCCAGAAGAAAUAGAAAAAGUAUUUUAUGUUGGUGAUGGUAAAGUAUAUGGUGGAUUUUACAAUGCACCAUUGUCAGAAGAUCAAUCAUAUGAUAUUAUGCAGGGAAAUAUAAUAUCUCUUAAUGGGGUAACAAAAGCUUCCUAUUCACCAACAAAAACAUCUCCGAAUAUUACCCCACUUGGAAUAACUCAUCGGACACAAAUUACAGGUCCAACCAGUUCAACAUUAACUGUAAUUUUAGCAACUGCUAUUGGAAUUUUUGGAUUUUUAUUAAUUUUGUCUUUUAUUAUAUAUUAUCUUCUACGUCGUCACUAUGGAAAACGUAGACCUUCUGAUGAAUUAGUAUUACAUGUACAAGGAUCAGAAUCAGAAGAGAAUGGGUCAGUCCCUGGAGUGUUGCAGAUUGAUGAAGAUACUGAUCUUGGGGAUUUUUUUGAAAAUUUAAAAGAAAGAUAUUGGCAUAUACCAAAAAAUCACAUAACUAUUCAUCAAACUGUUUUGGGUCAAGGAGAGUUUGGAGAAGUUAGAGAAGGAAUUGUUUUCCGUAAAGCGCAUGGAACAACAACACUUGUCCAACAAGUUUAUGCUCCUCCAUCCAUGGAUGAAAAAGAAAGGAAAAAUAUGUUGUCAGAAUUAGAUACAAUGAUUCGAAUUAGAAUUCAUCCUCAUGUAGUAGAGUUUAUUGGUGUUUAUGAAGAUAGAGAUCUGUUACAUAUUGUGAUAGAAAAUUCUUCAUCAACUUUAAGAGGUAUGCUAUUAAGAAGUCGACAGCUAACAGAUGGCUAUGUUUGCAAUUUAGCAGAAGCUCAUUUAAUAGAAAUUGCUUUUGGUAUAAUACAAGGAAUGAUUCAUUUAUCUGAGCAUGGGAUUUUACAUCACCAUUUAUCCUCAAGAAGCAUUGUUAUGAUAGAUGGAUAUACACCUAAAAUAGCUAAUUUUGGAUUAGGAUUUUUUAAUCCAUUAGGAAAAAAAUUAGAUUUUACUAGAUGGACACCUCCAGAAUCUCUUAGAUCUGCAAAUUUUAAUGUUAAAAGUGAUGUAUGGUCUUUUGGUGUUUUACUCUGGGAGAUUUGUACACUAGGUGGCACUCCUUAUGUGAUUCUUACAAAUAAGGAAAUUCCAGCCAGGAUUUUCCGUGGGAUGAGAUUGCCUCAGCCUAAAGGAGUAUCAGAUGAAUUAUAUCAACUAAUGCUUCAUUGUUGGGAAUUUGAUCUUGAUGAACGUCCAACAUUCCAUGAACUUGCUACUGUAACACAGAACAUGUUGCUUUCAGCUAAAGAUUAUCUAAGAUUAGAUAGCUAUCCUGGUUUUCAAUAUGAGAAGUUUGAUCCAUCAGCAGAUGAAAUGUGAUCAUUGUUCUUAGCAUUAAUUUUAUUCAUACAAAUUUCAUAUGUUAUUUUACUGCCUCAAAGUUGUUGAGAAAUAAUCAUAAAUUUUAUACAUUUAUUCAAGAAACACAAAACAUUAAGGGAAAAGAAUUUUUGCUCAUAUACAAAAUUAAGUAAUAGUUAUUUUUUGAAUAUCUUUUGCAAAAAGUUUUAAAUAUUUUUAUUAUCAGAUAACUUUAUUUUUAAUAUUACAAACUAAAGCAAACUUUCUUUUUAUAUAAAUAUUUAUAAAAAAUUUUAUAAAAUAAAUUUCAGUCUGCUUUCUAGUUAACAACAAAGGAGAGUUUACAAAAAUAAAGUCGUUUCAGUAAGCAAAAGGAAUUGGUAAAAAUAUGAGUAAUUUUCUGAAAUUUUCUUGUAAAAUUAAUUUUUCAAGACUUUCAAUGAAUGGUAUAUUUGAUUGGAAAGAGUUUGAACAUGUUCUAUACUUGAAAAUAUAUAAAUCAGUUUUCUGUUUAUAUGAACAGCUUUGUUAAUAAAGAUUUGAGUUUAUAAGUUUAUAACAUCAGAAGAUAGGGCAAUGUUUCUCCACUUUACUGAAAAUGUAAUAUUAAUUAUUAGUAAAAGAUUAAAAUACUGAAAUAGGAUUAGAUAAACUUAUAUACAUAUAUCUAUCUAUUCAUCAUCAAAAAUUCAAAAAUAUUAGAAUUAUAACUAGAUGCAGCUAAAAUUCCAAUCAAAUAUACUUAAAUUCUACUAUACCUCAUUCCAUGAUAGUCACAGUUUCAAUUUAUAUGUAUUUAGUUUAUUUCCAUAUUUUCGUUUUAAAAGAUAAUUUUUUCUUUUAAUUUAUAGUAUUAUUACUUUACAUAAAUAGUCUAGAAUUGGUGCCAAAACUCUUAUAAUCUUCAUUGCUAUCAACUAUAAUAUAUUAGAAUAUUUUAGAUUUAAAUAUCAAAAUUUUAAAGAUAUAACUAAAAGAAUUGUAUAUAUAUGUUUGUGCAUGUGUGUAUAUAGGUAUGAAUCACAAUAUUUGUGAACAAAAAUGGCUAAAUUUAUAUUUAAAAAUAAUUUGCUAAAAAAAUUAUGGUAAUCUCCUAAAUUUCAAUCACUUGAAAAAAUGUUUUUUAUUGUCAAUGUAUUUUGAGCAAAGAAUAUUUUAUUAAUGAAGCUGGACAACCAAGUUUUCCUUUUUAAGUAUAUUUUAACUAUAUAUAAAUAACAAUAAUAUAUAUAUAUAAUAUAUAUGUAUUG